AUGAGUGGAAAUCCAGAUCAUGAAGUAGAGGAUACUAUGAAUAGGAUAAAUAAAAUAUUUUUUGGCUACUCAUGCUUCUCGUUAGGUGCAAGCUAUUUUAUUAACUCAGUCUGAAAGACUUAUCCAAUUCAAAAAGCAUUAAUUCUUAUUCCAUCUUCGCUGGCUUUUUCAGCAUUUCUUACUUGGCUACAUAUUCACAAAUCUUUUACAUCUAAAGAAAAAGCUAUACUAUCAGAGGAGAUUGAGAAGAAAUAUAAUCAGUUUAAUAAAUCUAAUAAAAAAUAA